GCGCCGACCCUCCCCUCGGGGCUGUCCUCGCCCGGCUCUCUCUCCGGCGUGUGCCAGCCGGACCUUCGCCUCUUGGCCCGAAAAGGGGCCGAAGCGGCCGUGUGGCCACGUCGCUGUGGCCUGUUAUUUCAGAGUCCUGUUUAGAAAAAAAAAUAUCGAAAAUAUACCCAUUGACGUGAUGACAGAUGACGACAUGAACGGGGAGAAAAGCAACACAAAAGCAAGGCUUCGGAAAUACGAGGAACAGGAGUAUGGAGACGACACAUCAUCAGAGACUCAACCAGCUAAAGCAGCAGCAAAGGAAACCUUAAAAUAUAAAACACUUGAAACGUUUUCUGGAGCCUUGAAGUCAGGACAGACAGAAGAAAUCUAUCAAGAUUACUAUCCAGAGUACCUUCAAGAAAGUAGAACUCUGCAGGAGCUUUCAAAGCCAGUUCCUCAUAAGAAGAAAGAGGUAUCAAAGGAAAAAAAGGGCCCAACUAACGCUUGUCCAAAAGUUAAGAAGAAAAGGCUUGCGUCGUAUGAUAGGACAGAACCGGAGGAUGAUGAUGUGACAAGACAUAUUAUAAGGCUACGAGAAAAGUUUGGCUGGCAAACAAUGUUACCGCAGGGCUGUUUGGAGUACAAAAGUUCCAAAAUUGCAGUUCAGAAGAUUAUUCUAAAGGAACCUUUAAAAGAUGAUGGAGAAUUUGUAUAUUGCCUUUCUCGGAAAAAUCAUAAAGGUGUCUAUAAUCCGUAUGACCUCCAGGUGGUCUCUGCUCACAGAGCUAGACAUGGCAAAGAAUUCUGGAUUAUUACAGCAUCAUCUGUCUCCAAGGUUACUAACGUAGGUGGCGUAGAAGAAGUAGACUCUGUACCGACUGUGGAAUGGCUUUUAGAAAGAACGUGUUACCAUUUAUUGCAGCAGUUCAGGAUAUUUUCCGAGUUUCGAAUUAAUAAAGCAUUUGUUACUUGGAAAUUGAAUGUUAGAAGAAUGAAGACAGAGAAGAGCAGGUCAUUUUUGUGCCGCCAUCUUUUUGGGGCUGAUGAGUUAUUUCAAGGCUGUCUGCUCUAUGUAAAGGGACUUUGUGAAGAUGCAGUUGAUGGCAAACAUGGAAAAGAAUAUGAAGAAACUCCAUCUGCCAUUUGCCUCAUCAAGCUGGAUAGGUCCCGAACGUAUUCUCUGGAUGGAUUUUGUGAAGAACAGGCACGGCAGGCUACCCAGGCAGUGAAACAGCUUGAGGAUAUCAGAGAGAAGGCUAUUUGCGAAAUGAAACGUACAUUCUUAAAGGUGGCAGAAAAGAAAGAAAUUAAAGAAUAUUUUGAGUCAAACCUCUCUGAAGACUACACAACACAUUUCAAGCUGCCUGAAUAUCGACAUUUAUUAGAAACAAUUUUGAGGUUUCUGAUGCUGGUUGACUACAUAUUUCAGGAACUCAUCCGUCAACUGAUGAACACUGCCGUCACACUGCUUUUGGAAUUAUUUAAUAAUUCUGCUAGAGUGCCAUUUUCAAGGGAAAGAAAGAAUGAAAAUCUCAUCAAAAUGUACAAGAAUAUCUUUACUUUCCCUGGAAAGAUAACAAAUGAUGGUGAAGAAUUUGUCGGUAAUUCAAAUUUACGUGCCACUUCUGUUUUAAGGUCAGAAGUGAAAAUGGAAGCAGAUAUUAAUGAGAUUUUGAAUCAUAUCGAAGUGGAGAGCAAUUUGAGAAAAGUAUAUGCACCAGUAUUUGAAGUGACUCUACGCUUGAGGUCUCCUGAAGAGAGUGACUCUUCAGAAACUUCCACAGAGAACUUUCAGGAGUCUGACAAUGGCUCUGAAGAACCUGGGGUGUGUGAACAAGAGGAGGCACCAAAAAAUGAAGUCAGUUGUGUCACAAAACAGUCGAGUGAAGAAAUGCCAAUGAUGAAGAAACCAAAAAAAGUUUGUUACGACCUUGAAGAAAUACCUUCAGACCUAGAAAUCAUGACCGAGUUCGAGAAUAAAUACAUGUGUGAUGAGUUUUCAGAAUUUGCUACAAAUCUCUUCAUAGUUCCCAACAGAUUAGAUUUUUCAAGAAAAAUUCAAAAUAUGGUGACUGACAUUGAAAAACAUAUAACCAAGAUUAUUCCUCUUUGCCAAGAUCCCCGCCUGUCUGUCUUUACUGAAUCGGUUUUAAUUGUGAAUUUACCUAAUAAGACUGAAAGUGGCAUUGCCUGUAAGAAGACAACCAGAUGGCCAGAUUGUCAGGUUCUUUUUGAAAUGGAUCCUACCUACCAAAACAAAAUUGCCAGUCUCCUGACUAUUAUUGGUAACUCAAUGGGCCUGGUUAGUGCUUACAGCUGCCAGUUUAGAAAAUACUGUACCAUCGUACAGAGUGCCAAAGUCAUGAGUAUGAAAAUGUCCUCUAUGGAAGAAUUAACUCCAACACAGUUUAAAACUAUACUAGCUAAAUUCAGAAAGUAUCUGAAACACAUUGUCAGCAUGGUCAUUGAGAAACGCAUUGGUAUUUUCAAUGUUACAAGUCUCGAUUAUCAGUCAGAAUGCUUACCAUAUGUUGAGAAUGUCAUACGUCUGAGUCACGACCUCCUGCGAUCUGUAAUUGAAAACAAGAGCACAAAUCUAUUAGAAGUUGUGGAGGCCUCACUGAGGAAGAUGGAGUGCGAUCCCACUGAAAUUGAAGAAUUUGUGGAACAUUUUGCUUUUUUGGAGGGGAUUUCCUCAAAAUUGUCUGUGUUAGAGAAAGAACACUCUGUCGUUGCUCAGCUGCAUUCUGUUGUAAGGUAUUACCAGGUCCAGAUUUCAGGAGAGCAAAUUGCCAUCUAUAAAAUUCUUCUCGUCAAGUUUGGGCAGCUAAAAACCUCCAUGCAGUUAAGGGAGAUGAAUAAAGACGCCGCUAUUGCUAAAUUCAGAGACAAUCUGGAAGCUCACAUCACGGGUCUGCGAGUUGACGUCAGCAACUUGAAGGCCAAGAUCAGAACUCCUGUUCUGCUCUGUGCCGAGACUGGUGUGGCCAGCGCCAUGGAGAUGAUGCGGACACUCACAGAGGAAGCCGCAGGUCUGGCUCACAAAGCUAGAACCUACUCCAAAUUCCAGCACCGCUUUGACGAUGCCGAGUCCCACAUGCACUCCCUGAACAUGGAGGACGUGGCGCAGAUCGUCCGUGCGGAGAUCGCCGACAUCGAGUAUGACCUGACCUUGAGGAAGACACUGUGGGCUGCACAGGAGGAAUGGAGAACGCUCCUUAGGGAGUGGAGGAACAGACCUCUCCACAGUGUCGACACAGAAUCCAUGCAGAGAAACGUUUCAAGAUGGAUGCAUGUGAUCUCCGUGCUAGAGAAAGGUUUACCUAAAAACGACCUGGUGACCCAUCUUAAGCAAUCGGUGACAGAAUUUAAACAAGGGCUGCCUACUAUCAUAGCUCUGGGAAACCCCUGUCUGAAGCCAAGGCACUGGGAUGCUCUCCAGAUUAUUGGAAAGUCGGUUUCUCUUGAUAAGAACUGCACAGUAGAGAAUCUUCUAGCUCUCAAGAUGUUUCAGCACCAACACGAAGUAAACGAAAUCUCAAUCUCCGCCACUAAGGAGGCUAUCCUUGAGAAGACGCUGUUUAAGAUUAUUGAUCUGUGGAACACGACCCCGUUACACUUGGUUGUGCAUCACUCCGAGACGUACUCCGUCCUGAUCAUUUCGUCCAUAGACGACAUACUCACUCAGCUGGAAGAGUCUCAGAUCACACUGGCAACAGUUAAAGGGUCUUCCUCUCUCGGGCCCUUUAAGGAUCUUGUGGAAAAGUGGGAUCAGAACUUGUCUCUCUUCUCUUCUACUCUUGAGGAAUCGAUGAAUUGUCAAAGAAAUUGGCUUUAUCUGGAACCAAUCUUUCAUUCUGUGGAAAUACAAAGGCAACUCCCUGUGGAAGCAAAACUCUUCUCUCAAGUGAUCUCCAUGUGGAGAGAAAUCAUGUCAAAAAUACAGAACAAACUGGAUGCUUUGCGAACAACCAUUUCUGCAGGGGUCCUUGAAACUCUGCAGAAUUGCAAUCUGCAUCUUGAACAUAUAAUGAAAAGUCUUGAGGACUACCUUGAAACUAAAAGAAUGAUUUUCCCCAGAUUUUACUUUCUCAGCAACACUGAACUUCUCGACAUCAUAGCGAAUAGCAGAAAUCCGGAGUGUCUACAGCCUCAUCUUGCGAAAUGUUUUGAAAAUAUAAAACGGUUACUGCUGUGGAAGCAAGAAAUUGGGCCCCCUGCCGUCAUAAUGCUCAUAUCCGCUGAAGGAGAGUGCCUUCUGCUGCCCAAGAAAAUUCGAGUAAGAAGUGCCGUGGAACAGUGGCUGGUAAAUGUUGAGAAAAGCAUGUUUGAUGUGAUGAAAAAAUUUGUAAGUCAAGGGGUCGAAGACUGGAGCUACCAGACUUUUUCCGUGUGGGUGGUGUCUCAUCCGGGACAAGUGGUCCUCACAGUGAGCCAGAUCAUGUUUUCUAAUGAUUGCGUCAGAAGUUUUGCGAGCUCUCGUUCAAGAGAGGAGCUGGAGAAAGUCCGUGCUGGUCUGAUGGGUCAGCUGGAGGAGAUUUCGGAGCUUGUGGCGCUGGAUUGCGGUAACGCGCGCACGAAAGCCGUCCUGGGGGCGCUGCUCACGCUGUACGUUCACUGCAGAGACAUAGUGGGGGACCUGCUGCUGAAAGGGGUCUUCAGCGCAGAUGAUUUUGAGUGGACAAGACAUUUGCAGUAUCAGUGGAACGAAAAACAACAGCUGUGCUACGUGUCCCAAGGCGAUGCCAGCUUUACUUAUGGCUACGAGUACCUGGGCUGUACCCCCAGACUGGUCCUUACGCCCCUCACCAACAGGUGCCAGCUCACGCUCACGGGGGCGCUGCUCUUGAAUCUCGGAGGCUGCCCCUCUGGGCCCACCGGGACGGGCAAAACAGAGAGUGUCAAAGAUCUAGCAAAGUCGUUAGGCAAACAUUGUGUGGUGUUCAACUGUUUUGAGGAUUUGGAUUAUAAGAUAAUAGGAAGACUCUUCCUCGGACUGGUUCAGUCGGGAGCGUGGUGCUGUUUGGACGAGUUCAAUCGGAUCGAUGUGCAGGUCCUCUCUGUGAUUGCGUCGCAGAUCCUAACAAUUAAGGCCACAAAAGACAGCUAUUUGGUCAGGUUUGUACUGGAAGGAAAAGACAUUCGUAUCAAUAUGUCUUGUGCGGUAUUUGUCACCAUGAAUCCUGAGUACAAAGGUCGAGUAGAACUCCCAGAUAACUUAAAAUCUCUGUUUCGCCCAGUGGCGAUGAUGGCUCCCCAUUAUCAAAUGAUUACUGAAAUAAUGCUGUUUUCAUCCGGUUUCAAAUCUGCAAAAUCCCUCUCUGGAAAGCUGGUUAGCAUUUACGAAUUAGCUAACAAACAGCUCUCACAACAGGAUCAUUAUGAUUUUGGCUUGAGGUCUCUAAAGACAGUUUUAAUAGCGGCUGGAAAGAAGAAAUGGGAGUUUAAACGUAACACCAAUAGCGAGCUUUCUGAAACGGAUGAAAGUCUGAUCCUUACCGAGGCUGUAAGAGAAGCUAGUUUACCAAAAUUUCUGCCUGAAGAUGUCCCACUUUUUGAAAAGAUCGUGGCAGACAUUUUUCCUGGAGCAGCAGUUUCGACAGAAAAUCAAGUUGCCUUGGAGAAAGUAGUAUCUAUUGCAACACAACAGUUGGGUUUCCAUCAGUGGCCAGCUCAGAACAAGAAAACCAUACAGUUUUAUAAUCAACUUCAGACUUGUGUUGGUGUGAUGUUAGUAGGCCCAACGGGUGGAGGAAAAUCAACAGUCAGAAGAAUUUUAGAAAGAGCAUUAACACUAUUACCAAUUGAAGACUUCCUAUCAACUAAAGAAAGCGAAUCCAUUUCACAGGUUCCAGGAAGAAAAGGAAAGGUAGAUAUUUGUGUUUUAAAUCCAAAGUGUAUCACUCUUAGUGAACUAUAUGGACAACUGGACCCUAACACUAUGGAAUGGACUGAUGGAUUAUUAUCAAGCACAGUUCGAAAUUAUGUAUAUUCUAAUACUGCAAGGUACUCAAAAAAAGACAGCGAUCUUGGACUGAAAUCAAGAAUCUCGGAUGCAUCUAAUGUUUUCAAACUUGAUUCCUCUGAUAUAGCAGAUAUUGACGAUAACAUUUCUAAGCAGGAGAUGGAGAAAGAUGUUAAAAUCCCAGAAAGUCAGAACCACGAUUGGCAGUGGAUUAUUUUGGAUGGUCCAGUGGAUACGUUUUGGGUAGAAAAUCUAAACUCCAUGCUGGAUGAUACUAGAACGCUGUGUCUGGCAAACAGUGAGCGAAUAGCCUUAACUAGUAACAUACGAGUGGUUUUUGAGACCGACAGUCUCUCUCAGGCCAGUCCUGCAACCGUCAGCCGGUGUGCAAUGGUCUACAUGGAUCCUGUUGAUCUGGGAUGGGAGCCCUAUGUCAAGUCAUGGCUGUUGAAAACUUCUAAAAUUAUGAGUCAAACAGGAGUGAGUUGUCUUGAAUUCUUGAUUAAAAAUAGCGUCACAGACGGACUACAGUUUAUAAAGAAGCAUCAGACAUGUCAGCCGUUUCCUGUACAGGACCUAGCAGUGGUCACAACUCUCUGCAGGAUUCUCGAUGCCUUCUUUGAGUUCAUGAGUGAAAAUGGAGGCUUUGGAAAAUGUGACGAUUGGAAGGACGUUUCAACUGGGGAGAAAAAUUCUCCACGUGCAAAAGUUUCUGCCAAAUUCAAGAAUACAGAAGAGAGAGCUGAAAGUACAUGGUAUCUGGAAAAGAAUCCUGAUAAAUUGAAAGUAGUGAUUCAGAAGCUCUUCAUGUUUGCAUUUACGUGGGCGUUUGGAGGCGUUUUACAACAUGAAAGUGACCCUGAAGGUGAGACGGUGCUGUAUCAGAGCUGUGAUCCCAGUUCAGCCGCCAGAGUCACUUACGGCUUCGACAAUCUCGUCCGCAAACUGUUUGAAAAUAACCCACAAGUAGGUAUCAGCCUACCAACUGGUAAGCAUUCGAUCUUUGGGUAUUUUGUGGAUUUACAGCAAUGCGAAUUCAUACCAUGGUCAGAGUUACUUCCUAGUAUUCAGACACUCAUUCAGAAAGGAACUUCAAUGCUAGCUGACCCGCAAGCAUCCAGCGAGAACCUCUUGAAGAUCACAGAGUACGGCGAGAACAUCAACCAUAUCGCCACCAGCGACACGGUGUCCUUUUCUUUCCUCAUCAGCCUUCUUUUAAAGAAUUUCUGCCCUGUACUUCUCACAGGAGACUCUGGUGUUGGGAAAACCACUACCAUUAAUCAAAUGCUUGAAAGGUUGGAGGGCCCUGGAGCAUUUGAUGUGAAAUAUGGGUCAAUUUUAGGAGAAGUCCUGUUGUAUAACGAAAUUAAAAAAUCAAGCCUGAAGCAGAAUAUCAACAUCUUGCUCUCUGAAAGUCACAAGACAGGAUCCGCACGUCUAGAUGGGAAGACUAUUAAAAAGCCAGAAGUCAAAACUGAAGAAAGUUCACUGAAAGACAAUAAUAAAGGAAUUAUCGUCUCAACGAUAAAUUUUAGCAUCAGUAUGACCGCUGCCAAAGCCAAGGAGAUGAUCCUUAAGAAGUUAGUAAGAAGAACGAAAGACAGUCUUGGAGCGCCAAAGAGCAACCAGAUUGUAAUAUUCAUUGAUGACCUGAAUGUGCCCGAAUCGGACACGUAUGGGGCACAACCGCCCCUGGAGUUAGUCAGACAGCUACUGGAUUUGGGAGGACUUUACGAUACCAAAAAACUCACGUGGAAGAAUAUUCAAGAUCUUUCUCUGGUUGCCGCUUGUGUCCCUUCAGUAGCCAGAAGGCACAUGAGCCCGCGCCUCCUCAGACACUUUUCCGUUCUGGUGCUGCCGCAUCCUUCACAGAGCGCCUUACGUACGAUUUUCCAGGCUCAUUUGGGAAUGUAUUUCUCCAUCAAUAACUUCACCGUCGACGUCCAGAGAAGUAAGGAUCAAACAACAUCUUGCUCUCUGGCUGUGUACCACCAAGUGGUACAGAACAUGCUGCCGACCCCCGCCAAGUGCCACUACAUAUUUAACCUUCGAGACAUGUUUAAGCUUCUCCUAGGCUUGCUACAAGCUGAGAAGGCCGUUAUCAACUCCAAAGAGACGGCGGCCCUGUUCUUUGUUCACGAAGCCACUCGAGUGUUCCAUGAUCGUUUGAUUGACUCUGCUGAGAAAGGACUUUUCUAUCAGUUUCUUUCAAAAGAACUUGAGAAUUAUUUUCAGAUUAAUUGGACCAAAGAAAAACUGAUGGACGACUCAAUUGUCUUUGUGGAUUUCUUGGAUAUAAACAAGCCUCACAGAAAAAAGUUCUAUCAGAGCACCAGCGACUAUGAGAAACUGGCCAGUGUACUGAAUGAAUUCCAAAUGAAGCUGAGUUUAUCAUCCUCAGAGACUUCUCAUUCCAUGGUGUUCUUCAAGGAAGCCAUAGAACACAUCGCAAGAGCGGCCAGGGUCCUCCGGCAGCCGGGGAGUCACAUGUUACUGAUUGGAGUAGACGGGUGUGGGAAGGAAGCGUGUGCGACCCUGGCGUGUCACCUGAUGGAGUGCAAGCUGUCCCCCGUGCCCUCAGCUCACAGUCAGGCCCACGCGGAGUUCAAAGAAGCCCUCAAAAGGGGGGUUAUCCAAGCAGGAUUAGAAGGGAGCCCCACCGCUUUGAUAGUUGCUAACAUAAACCUAAAGCAGGAGUCAUUUUUGGAAGAUUUGGACCGCGUUCUCAACUCGCAGAAAACCCUUGACUUGUUUGAAGAUGACGAGCUGGGCUCCAUCACGCUACAGAUCCGAUCCUUUGCUGAGCCGUCUGGUUCUGUUGACGACAGGCAGUCUUUACUCGCACUCUUCCGGAAGAGAAUACAUAAAAAUCUUCACGUCUUUGUGACCGUGAGUCCCACAGGACCCAGCUUCCGCCAGCAGUGCCGACUGCGCCCUUCCGUGGUCACCGCCUGCACGGUGGACUGGUACGGGGAGUGGCCAGAGGAUGCCCUCCUCGCUGUGGCCGAUUCUUUCCUAAGAGAGAAGGUGGACUUGGGCAGCAGGGAGCACUUAAAGGAAAAACUCGCCUCGACGUGUGUCCAAAUCCACAAAAGCAUAAAAGACUUGAACACAAAAUACUUUCAGAAAACCGGACGGCGUAAUUACGUCACUCCCAACAGCUACUUGCGAUUCAUGGAUACAUUUGCUCACAUUUUGAGGUCACGCCAGAAGGAAAUGGAAGCAAAGAGGAGUCGUUUGCACAUGGGCCUGUCCAAGAUCCUGGAAGCCAGCGCUCUGGUUACAGAAACACAGGAGGAGCUCUUGAUUCUUGGCCCUCAGAUAGAACAAAAAACAAAGGAAAAGGAAGCCCUGAUGGAAAGACUGUGGAGAGAUUCACAAGUCGUUGAGAAAGUUCAGAUGCUGGUUCAACAAGAUGAAGAAAUUAUGGCAGAAGAAGUCAGAAUUGUGGAAGAAUGUGCUCAGAGAACCGCCAGAGAGAUAAGGAGUGUGCUGCCAGCUCUGGACAAGGCCACCGUGGCCCUGAGCACCCUGGAUAAAGCCGACAUCACCGAGCUAAGGGUGUACACGCGGCCUCCCUCCCUCGUGCUGAUGGUCAUGAACGCUGUGUGCAUUCUUCUGCAGAAGAAACCCAACUGGGCCUCGGCGAAGUUGCUUCUUUCUCAAACCGGUUUCCUAAAAAAACUGAUCAACCUGGACAGGGACAGCAUCCCCGACAAGGUUUUCAUGAAGCUGAAAAAAAUUUUGCUCUUCCCUGAUUUCAACCCAAACAAGAUUGUCCUCGUUUCUAUAGCCUGUUGCUCUAUGUGCCAGUGGGUCAUAGCUUUGAACAACUAUCAUGAAGUGCAGAAGCUCGUGGGCCCCAAGCAGAUCCAAGUGGCAGAAGCUCAACGUGUCCUAAAAAUUGCACGACAGAGGCUGGCCGAAAAACAAAGAGGUUUGCAGCGGGUGGAAGAACACGUGCUGGCCUUGCAGGCAGCCUACAAAGACCUCGUGGCCGAAAAGCAGCUGCUAGCAAACAGAAGGAAACGGGCCACCAGGCGCCUGCAGUGUGCAUCUGUCUUACUAACCAGCCUGGAAGGCGAGAAGACUCAAUGGCCAGAAACAAUCGAUCAAAUAGACAAGAAGUUGGAAAGAAUCUGGGGUGACGUGCUUCUUUCAGCAGCGUGCAUCGUCUACAGCGGGGCGUUGACAGCAGAAUUUCGCCAGUUGAUUGUGAACAAAUGGGAGACUCUCUGCACCGAAAACAGCAUCCCUUUGUCGCCCAACUUUUCUUUAAUUGAAGUCAUGGCCCCAAACCACGAGAUCCGCCGGUGGCAUUCUCAGGGGCUCCCGCCCAGUCAGUAUUCAACGGAGAACGCCAUCUUGACCAGGAACAGCCUGCAGUGGCCACUGCUGAUUGACCCACAUAAGCAGGCUCACAACUGGAUCCGGCAGACGGAAGGGUCCAGGCUGCAGGAGCUCUCCAUGGAGGACGGCAGCCACAUCCAAACUAUUGAAAAUGCUGUGAAGACAGGAGGGAGUGUCCUCUUGCAGAAUCUCCCUGAGACAUUAGCUCCAAGUUUAAAGGCAAUUUUGAAGAAGGAGAUCUAUCAGAAAAGAGGACAAUAUUUCAUAAGGGUCGAGGAUUCUGAGAUUGAAUACAAUUCCCAAUUUAGGUUGUUCAUUUCCACAGAGGUAGACAACCCCCAUCUUCCUCCGUCGGUUUAUAACUUUGUUACCGUGAUCAACUUCACCUUAACGUUCCGAGAUUUGCAGGAUCAACUCCUUUCUACGGUAUUAACUCAUGAAGUUCCUCACUUAGAAAGUCAACGUUUCCAGUUGUCGGAGAGUAUAUCCCUUGAUGCUGGGACUCUUGAAGAGCUAGAAGAACAAACGUUAAAUGUACUGGAGACCGUGCAAGCAUGUGUGUUAGAUGAUGAGGAAACUGUAGACAUCUUAAGAAAAUCCAAAACGACUUCAAAUGCGAUUUCCAAGCGCAUCAAAGCGACAGAAAAAGCAGAAAGUGAAAUCCAAACGCUGCGGGAACACUACCGGUCUGUCGCGACUCGAGGCGCCCUGCUCUACUUCCUCGUGGCCGGGCUCGCCCGCCUCAACUCCAUGUACCAGUUCUCCCUGGACUGGUUUCGCCAGGUGUUCGUUCGAUCAGUAGCUCCCCGGAGCAGAGAACAGGAACACGGCCUGAAGAGGGAGAAGACGUCUCAGAAAAAAGUUGGUGAUAUCACAGACCUCGCCAAGGAACCACAGUUCGAGAGCGACAGGCAUCUCUUGGAGAAACAUCUUCAACAGUCAGUAGAUGUGCUGACAAGAAAUGUUUUUAAGGUGGUGUCCUCAGCUCUGUUUCACCAACACAAGCUGUGUUUCUCCUUCCGGCUUUGCACCACGAUCAUGCAGAAUAAUGCUGGGGGCAGUCCAGUGCCGGAUGACAUCGGGUCCCUACCGGACGAAGAAUGGGACAUCUUCUUACAUUCCGACACGUUGACGAACGUUAAAGGUGUGAUGCCCCAGCCUAGACUUAACAACAGGUAUGAAACUUGCAGAAAUCGGCACCUUCAGUGGUUGUCGGAUUCCACGUGGAAGCAGUGUCUGUACGUCAGCCACGAACUUGAACCGUUCGCUCUGCUGUGCGAGUCCCUUCUAUCAAAUGUGUCACAGUGGGACGCUUUCAAAAGCAGUGAGGCUGUCUAUUGCCUGAUGAGCCUGCCUUUCUCUCCAGAAAAGGCUCCACCGGAGGGAACUGCACUUCUGACUGAAGUUGAAGAAAUAUAUAGUCCUGUGAAUUUCCACUGGGAGAAACUCACUCCAUUUCAAAGACUCAUCCUGAUCAAAAUUCUUCAGCCGGAGCAGCUAAAGAAUUCAGUGAGAAGGUUUGUAACUGAAAAAAUGGGAGAUGAAUAUGCUCUCAGGACUGGAAUUCGUUUGCAAGAGUCCUAUGAGGGAUCCAGUGCCACAACGCCACUGAUACUUCUGCACUCCCACGGGACUGACCUCACCAACAUGCUCCUGAGGUUCGCGCAAGAGUUAAAAGGAAGAACGCAGCAUGUGACGGUGCUUUCCCUGGGCCGUGGCCAGGCCGCUAAGGCAGAGGAGGUCCUUGUGAAGGCCCUGAGCAGCCCCACACAGUGGGUCUUCCUCCAGAACUGCCAUCUCGCCACGUCGUUCAUGCCACGGCUCUGCUCCAUCAUAGAAUCAUUUAACAGCCCAGAUGUGACAGUGGACCCUGAGUUCAGGCUGUGGUUAAGCUCAAAGUCGGGCAGUUCUUUCCUGAUUCCUAUUCUUCAGAGGAGCUUAAAGAUUGCAGUGGAAAAUCCGCAAGGAUUGAAAAGUAACUUACUGCAGACGUUUGGAUACAGUGGCAGUGGAGUGGUGACAGAAGAGACAUUUGAAAAACUGGACUGUGGACCGUGGUGGAAAAAGCUUUUAUUCGGCUUAUGUUUUUUCAAUGCUCUAAUCAAUGAGAGAAAAAAUUAUGGAACACUGGGCUGGAAUAUUGCUUACAAAUUUAGUUCUUCAGACUUGGAGGUUGCCGUAAAGGUGCUGGAGGACUCCCUGAAUGCACAGACUGGUAUUUCGUGGCAGAAACUGCACUACCUCAUUGGGGAAGUGACUUACGGCGGCCGGGUGACGGACACCUGGGACAGGCGGUGUCUAAACACCCUUCUGCACAAAUUCUGUAACCCGGAAGUGCUGAAAGAUGACUUCAGUUUCUCCAGCGAUGAGAUACAUCAGCCAGUGCCGAAAUCCGCGAGCUUGAGGGAUUACGUACACAUCGUCCAGUCCUUACCUGACGACGACACGCCUGGGCUCUUGGGGCUGCACCCAGAGGCCAUAAGGGGUGGCAGAGAGAUCCAGGGCCGGCACCUUGUGGACAGUCUCAUUACCAUGCAACCCGGGACCAGCGCCGAUCUCGCGGUCCGUCCUGAGCAGAGUAACGACGAACUGCUGAUGGAAAUCCUGUCUGACCUGCUACAGCGGCUGCCGAGGUCUGUGGAGAAGGAAGAAUGUGCUGGAACACCCAGCACCUUGAAGUGCAUCAUGUCCAGCCCCCUCUGGGAGUCUCUCUGUAAGAGCAUCCAAGGCUAUGAUCCCCUCAUCCACUGUGUCCUGCUAACCUUUCUGAGCCAAGAAAUCGAACGAUUUGAUAAGUUCUUAUUUGUUGUGCAUGAAUCUUUGAAAGGCCUUCAACUUGCAAUAAAAGGAAAAACCAUCCUCACCCAAGAACUGGAGGAAAUGUAUGAGUCUUUUCUCAAUGGAAGAGUGCCUACGCUGUGGCAGAAACAUGCCUACAAGUCCUGUAAGCCUCUGAGUUCCUGGGUUAACGAUCUCAUCCAGCGAGUGAAUUUCUUCAACACCUGGGCCAAAAUGGCUUACACUGCAGUACAUCAUCGGUACAUGAGAUUUGUCGCCACCGGGAAGCAUUCCAUUCCAUCGUCCACCCAAAACCCCAGAUCCUCUGACAAUAAAACCAGUGAUUUCUGUGAAGGAUUUCCUGCAAGAUACUGGCUCCCAGCUUUCUUCUUUCCGCAAGCCUUUCUCGUGGCCGUGCUUCACGACUACGGACGGUCCCAGGGAAUCUCUCUCGGCGCCCUCACGUUUGCCCACCGUGUGAUCUCGGACACCGCUGACAGCAGAGACGAGGGGUUCUCCGCGGCCAUCCACGGGAACCUCAACACGGUCAGGACGGCCUCUGAGGGCACAGACCGCACUCACGUCGGAGUUCACGUUUUCGGUCUAUUCGUCGAGGGCGCAAGGUGGAAUCGGGAACAAAACAUACUAGAGGACUCGCUGCCUCGUGAGCUCCGUUAUGGUUUCCCUGAGAUCCACUUCCUGCCAACAAAGCUUUCCACUGAGCGAGCAGGUGCUUCUGACCAGACAGAUACGCAGCGCUACACGUUUGAGUGCCCGGUGUAUCAGACGCCUGAGAGGUCAAGAACUGUGACAACCACUGGCUUGCCUGCAGACUUCCUGACCUCCGUGCACUUACCCACGAAGAGACCCCCCAGUCACUGGGUCACAACGCGGGUUGCCUUGCUGUGUGAGAAAAAGGAGAAAUAAACGUGUGCACCACCCCACCUAC